AAAAUAAAAAAAUAAAAAAAUAAAAAAAUAAAAAAAUAUUUUUUUCUUUUAAUAAACAAUAAACAAUAAACAAAGAGAGAACCUAUCCUCUUAAUUAACCAAAUAAUUAAAUAACUAAUCAACUAAAUAAUCAACUAAAUAAUCAACUAAAUAAUCAACUAAAUAAUCAACUAAAUUAAUCUUCGUAUUUACCUAUUCACUUAUUCAAAAUGGAUAUCGGUCAGGUACUUGAAAAUGCUAUCCUAAAUCCAAACCCUCAAGAGAGAUUCCAAGCUGAACAACAACUAGAAAAUGCUGCAAAGGAAAACUUCCCCCUCUAUCUCUCUCUCUUGUCUGAAGCCUUGAACAAUGAAUCAAAAAAAACUGAGGUUCGAAUGCUAGCCUCUCUCGCCCUAAAAAACCAAUUAAUCUCAAAAGACCCAAAACAACACAAAAUCUACUCUGAAAGAUGGAUCAACUUGGACAACAACUUCAAAAACCAAAUCAAAGCAAACUCCCUCAAAAACCUCCUCUCCAGCGACGACAGAGUAGCAAACUCUGCUGCCCAAUUAGUCGCUGCAAUAGCUGAAAUCGACCUCUCCAGAAACGACUGGCCUGAACUCAUCAACUCCCUCAUCGAAAACACAAAACCCGAAGUCCCAGACCACAUCAAAAGAUCAAAUCUACUCACAAUAGGCUACAUUUGCGAAAGUGCUGAUCCCAACAACGCAGGCAUCGUCUCAAGAGCAAACGACUUCCUCAUCGCCAUCAUACAAGGUGCUCAGUCCUCUGAAAAAAACUCAAAAAUCGUUAGAUUAACCGCCAUAAACGCCCUCGUCGACUCCCUAGAAUUCAUUCAAUCAAACUUCCAAAAAGAAGGCGAGCGUAAUUAUAUCAUGCAAGUCGUCUGUGAAGCAACUCAAGCUUCCGACGUCGACCUCCAAGCUGCUGCCUUUGGUGCCCUCGCUAAAAUCAUGUCCCUCUACUACAAAUUCAUGCCCUUAUACAUGGAAAGAGCCCUCUAUUCUUUAACCAUUUCAGGAAUGCAAAACACUGAUGAAAAGGUCUCCUGCAUGGCCGUCGAGUUUUGGUCAACAGUUUGCGAAGAAGAACUAGAAAUCUCCUACAGAAGAGAAGACUUCAACAACAGCAACUCCUCCUCCCUAAUCCCCGAUGACAACCCAGACUUUACCUCCUACAACUUCUCCUUAAUCGCAAUAGAAGACGUCCUACCAACUCUAUUAUCCCUCUUGAAAAAACAAAACGAUGAUCUAGAUGACGAUACAUGGAACAUCUCAAUGGCUGCUGGUGCUUGUUUGCAACUAUUCGCUCAAAAUUGUGGCACUCCUGUUGUUAAACCAACCUUGGACUUUGUCGAAAGAAACAUCAACAGCACAGAAUGGAGAUCUAGAGAAGCCUCCGUAAUGGCAUUUGGCUCAAUUCUAGAUGGCCCCGACCACAGCCAAUUGAAAUUCCUAAUUGCCCAAGCCUUGAACUCCAUAUUGGAACUAAUUGAUGAUGAAAACUUGCAAGUCAAAGAAACCGUAGCCUGGUGUCUAGGUAGAAUAGCCGAUUUAGUCAUCGACGCUAUCGAUACCGAACAACAUCUACCAAGUGUUAUAAAUGCCAUUGUAAAGGGCCUACAAGUUCACCCAAAGGUCUCUAGAAACUGCUGCUGGACUCUAAUGAAUCUAAUCGAACAACUAAACCAAGAUUCUUCAAACACAGAAUCAACUCCAAUGUCAAAAUACUACUCCUCCUUAGUGCCUGUAUUACUACAAGUCUCUGGCAGAGGUGAUAACGAAUACACUUCAAGAGCUUCCGCCUACGAAGCUCUAAGUGCUCUAGUAUUAUUCUCCUCAAAGGAUGUCAUGCCUCUCGUCAACUCAAUCGCAAGUGAAGCUCUUAACAGACUAAACAUCACAAUCGAAAUGUCUCAACAACCGGAUAAAUUAUCGCUAAACGAUUUGUCAAAUUUACAAGAAUUACAAUCCAACAUCCUAAGUUUACUAUCAAACGUCAUUAGAAGAGCAGGCAAAGACGUUUUAUCUGUAUCUGAUAGUCUCAUGGAAAUGUUCUUGAAAUUAUUAUCAAUCCAACAAAAUCAAAGAAAUUCUCUAAUCGAAGAAGACGUGUUCAUUGCCAUCAGCACAACUGCCUCAGCUGUGGAAAGCGAAUUUAUUAAAUACAUGGACUCAUUCUUGCCCUUUUUAAACAAUGCUCUAGAAAAUACAGAGUCUCAAAUCUGUAAUACUGCUGUCGGUCUAGUAGCGGAUAUCUCAAGAUCAUUAGGUGACCAAAUUAUUCCUUACUGCAACGGUUUAAUGAACACACUAGGUAAUAAUCUUUCAAAUCCUGAUAUAAGAAGGGAACUAAGACCGGCCAUCUUAUCGUGCUUUGGUGAUAUCGCUACAUCAAUUGGAGAAGCUUUUCAACCAUACUUGGAUGUUGUCAUGAAAAUCUGCUCUGCAGCUCAAAAUUUACAACCAGAAGACUCUUCUGUAGAAACUUUGGAAUACAUUAUUGACGUCAAAGAAGCGGUUUUAGAUGCUUAUGUCGGCGUGGUUGCUGGUCUAGAAAAACAGCCACAAUAUCUUCGACCAUAUGUUGACAUAAUCUUCCAAUUUUUGGUUUCAAUUCCAACAGAUUUCAACUUUUCAAGUUCUGACACCGUUUGUAGAGCUGCCUGUGGUUUGAUUGGAGAUUUAGCCGAAAUAUUUUCAAAGGAUAACCAAAUUCAACAAGCCUUGAGAUCACCAUGGGUUGCAACAUUCCUCAGACAAGUUAAACUUAAUCAAUCUUUUAGUGUGACUACUAGAAAUACAGCCAAAUGGGCAAAGAAAAAAAUUCAAUGAAUUUAAAACUAAUUUUAAGAAAAUAUAAAGAAAAUUGAUCAAAAAAAAAAAGAAAAGGAAAGAACAGUCAUUCUAGCUAGACUAAAAUGUGUUUAAAAGAAAUUC